AUGACCGCCUUCCCGUUGUUGAUCACUGUAAAAUACUUGGACUCUCGGCUCACCUGGAAACAACAUAUUCGAGAAAUCAAAGGCGAAUGCGGCAAACGAUUAAACCUUAUUAGAAUCCUUUGGCAUUACCACUGGGGAGCAGACGAAAACUCCCUUAUCAAAAUAUACAGGGCCAUUAUUCGCUCGAAAUUAGAUUAUGACUGUCACAUAUAUAUCUCAGCCGCAAAAUCUGAUCUCGAUCUCCUGAACUCGGUGUAUAAUACAGCUUUAUGCCUCUGUUUAGGUGCUUUUCGAUCUAGUCGUGCAGAAUUCAUUUACUGCGAAGCUAAUGAGCCUCCUCUUUGGAUCAAACAGCAGCAAAUUCUGCUUUCUUAUGCAGCCUCCGUAUCGUCUAGCCCCCUCAAUCCUGUCUACUCGCUUUUCACAUCAAAUUCUAACACGUUACACAACUCCUCAGCCUCGCCAUUAUUAAAACCUAUCCCUUUGACUUUAUUACAGCUGCUUGACGGCGUCAACCUCAAACAAACUAGCCCCCUUCCUAUCCCCUCUACUCCCCCAUGGACUAUCAACAUUCCUAAAUUCAACACAUCCCUUAUGAGAUAA